AUGCCCACCUCACCCCAGUCCGUCCACAUCCUCGGACUCGGCAGCAUCGGCUCCUUCCUCGCCCACUCACUCCGCUCCCCCUCCCUCCCCACCCCGAGCCUACGAGUCAACGAUGACGGUUCCCUCCAAGAACAAACUGGCUUCGACGCUGAACUCCUCACCCAAUCACCCUCUUCCUCAGAACCAAUCCACAAUCUAAUCGUCGCCGUAAAGGCUUCCGCGACGGUCUCAGCCCUGCAACCCAUCCGACACCGAUUAGGUCCGCUGUCGACGAUAUGUUUAUUUCAGAAUGGGAUGGGUCAGAUUGAGGAUUUGAAUGAGAAAGUGUUCACGGAUAAAGCGCGAAGGCCGAAGUAUAUGUUUGGGAUUAUGAGGCAUGGUGUCUAUUUGCGGUCGUCGACCGAGGCGAUUUUGUCCGGAUUGAAUGGGCGGGCUGCAAUUGGGGUUGUAGAUGAAGGGGAUACGAGUUCGAGACAGGCAGAUCCACGAUUUCUGCUUGACACGUUAUUGAGAUCGCCGAUUCUGCGCUGUGAGGAAUUAGUGUGGAAGGAGUUGUUGCAAAAUCAGCUGUUCAAGUUGGCGGCGAAUUGCGUGUUGAAUCCGCUCACGGCUAUCCUCGACGUUCGCAAUGGGGUGAUCAAGGAGAAUCCCGAUUUACAGCCCUUGAUACAGCGGCUCCUUCAGGAGAUAUCCCUGGUAUUUCGGAGUUUACCUGAAAUCAGAGAUUUGCCGCGUGAUCAGAAGGAUCGAUUUUCGGUUCCUUCCCUGGAGGCUCUUGUCAUGGAUACUAUUGAGAAGACGGCGGGGAAUUCGAGUAGUAUGCGAGAGGAUCUGCGGAAGGGUCGGGCGACUGAGAUUGAGUAUAUUAAUGGUUGGAUUCUGAGACGGGCGAGGGAAUUGGGGAUUGAGUGUGAGGCGAAUACGAGUUUGAUGCAGCUUGUGCUGGCGAAGAGUCGAGUAACUAUGGGAAGGUAA